AGGGGGAGAAAGGGCGGAUUGAUAGACAGGAGCGGCAGCCAAUAACUUAGGCGGACGUCGAGCGAUGAGCUAAUGGUGGGGCGAGGGAGGCGCGGCCCGCCGCUGGCUGAUUGAUCCCAGCCGUGGCGUCGCUCAGUUGGAGCGAGAACAUUCUAGAGAUUGACUGGCGCCGCCGCUGCUGCUGAUUCCGCCCGCCCCAGGACGCUCGGACCCGGCGGCUGCGGCGCCCGCCCUCCCUCCGCCCGGAUAUAAGCGCCCCUCGGCCCCGUUCUCCUUACACACUCGGCUUCGUCGCAGCCCGGGGCGAGCAGCGUUGGGUUUAUGUCUUUAUUGGACGAAAACGAGCUGUUGCGCAGCCAUUGGUACCUGUAUUGGGGGAACAUAGCAUACAAGCAAGAACCUCACAGCCUCAGUGGCGAAAACUUUUUCAUGUCAGAGACCGAGAACUCUUGCAGUCGUUUAUGUCAUCCCGUCUUCUCCAGACAGAAGAUACCAAAAAGCUGCAAUCAAAGAUCUCUUCAUCUUAUUGAUAAAGCUACUAAUAAGACAAAAUGUCUGUCAAUGUCAACCGCAGUGUUUUGGAUCAGUUCUAUCGCUACAAAAUGCCCCGUCUGAUUGCAAAGGUUGAGGGCAAAGGAAAUGGAAUAAAGACAGUUAUAGUCAACAUGGUUGACGUUGCAAAGGCGCUUAAUCGGCCUCCAACGUAUCCCACCAAAUUUUUUGGUUGUGAGCUGGGGGCACAGACCCAGUUUGAUGUUAAGAAUGACCGUUACAUUGUCAAUGGAUCUCAUGAGGCGAAUAAGCUGCAAGACAUGUUGGAUGGAUUCAUUAAAAAAUUUGUUCUCUGUCCUGAGUGUGAGAAUCCUGAAACUGAUCUGCAUGUCAAUCCCAAGAAACAAACUAUAGGUAACUCUUGCAAAGCCUGUGGCUAUCGAGGCAUGCUUGACACAAACCAUAAACUCUGCACCUUCAUUCUCAAAAACCCACCUGAGAACAGUGACACUAGUACAGGAAAGAAAGAAAAGGAAAAGAAGAACAGAAAAGGCAAGGAUAAAGAGAAUGGUUCUGUGUCUAGCAAUGAGACACCAUUGCCGCCGCCACCAGACGAACAUGACCCUCCACGUCCAGUGGAGGAUGAUGACGAUGACUGGGGUGAAGACACAACUGAAGAAGCCCAGAGGCGCAGAAUGGAUGAAAUCAGUGAUCAUGCAAAGAACCUCACACUUAGUGAUGACCUAGAAAGAACAGUAGAAGAGAGAGUCAACAUAUUAUUUGAUUUUGUUAAGAAAAAGAAGGAAGAAGGUGUCAUUGAGACUUCUGACAAAGAUAUUGUAGCAGAAGCGGAGAGACUGGAUGUAAAGGCUAUGGGCCCUCUAGUUUUGACUGAAGUCCUCUUUGAUGAGAAGAUUCGAGAACAGAUAAAGAGAUAUAGACGCCACUUCCUACGUUUCUGCCACAACAACAAGAAAGCUCAGAGAUACCUUCUUCAUGGCUUGGAGUGUGUGGUAGCCAUGCAUCAAUCUCAGCUUAUUUCUAAAAUUCCGCAUAUCCUGAAGGAAAUGUAUGAUGCAGAUCUUCUGGAAGAAGAGGUCAUCCUUAGCUGGGCAGAAAAGGCCUCUAAGAAAUAUGUCUCAAAAGAGCUUGCUAAAGAAAUCCGCAUCAAAGCAGAACCCUUUAUCAAAUGGCUGAAGGAAGCUGAGGAGGAGUCCUCUGGUAAUGAAGAAGAGGACGAAGAUGAAAAUAUUGAGGUGGUGUAUUCCAAGACUGCCAGUGUACCUAAAGUUGAAACUGUGAAGCCUGUAAACAAGAAAGAUGAUGACAUUGAUAUCGAUGCCAUUUAAAAGUGAUGCAAUCUAGCUUCCAGUGUAAUACUGCAAACUGCUCUGCAUUUUUCUUCCAGAAGUGCAACAUGUACAUGCACAAGCUGAAAUGGCUUAACAUCAUGCUCAAAUGUCUUUUACUGUGACUGGUCUUGUUUAACUAUAAGCUGAACACCAAGGAGUCAUAUGCAUCAGUGAACUGAUCUAGUUUGUUAAUGGCAUGUUUCCUUUUAAAAAGUUGUGUUUGGACACACAUACUUGGAACACAUUUAUACAGCUGUGGGAAUAAAGGAUUUGGUUUUGGUCAA